CGAAUCAUCACGGGCAGCUUGAAUUUUUUUGUUUAAGAAUUUGAAUUUUUAAUUAAAAGUGGAAAAUCGAAUGAAAUGGUCGAAAAAAGUCUGAACGAUCGACAAACGUUAGAAGUAAACAUGAGUUUUUGUGAUGACACCUGCUACGUCAUUGUUUGAUAGGAAAAUAAUAAAAACAGCUGGAAUAACGAAGCGUUGACACAUCGUCAUUGUUGGAAUUGUUUUGGAGUACGGAAUAUCUUGUAAAACGAUAAAUAUGGAUUUGGAGGAUCCAGCGGCAGUGCUUGUAUGUCAGGAAAUAGUUAAAAAUCAUCUUCGUGUCGCUGCGAUAAUACAGGAUAUUCAAAAAUGCACUGGCCCUCUGGAGCUUUUGCAUGAUCUCAACACCGAAGGCAGAGAAAAAAUAGUGGAUUUAAGACAGAGUAUAGAUCGUUUGUCGGCUCUUGCGGAAACGGCAACUGAUGAGAAAAAAAAAGCUUCUCUAUUGGCAAAAGUAGAAAGUCACAAGGGACAACUCAGUAUUGCCUUGGCAGCUUUUCGCAAAGCCAACAUUGUAAGUGCUUGCGUUAUAGACAAAUUAGCCAAAGAUGAAUUGACAUUUCUACCAGAGGAGCAUCAAAAUGCUGUGAGAAAAAGAAGAGAUAAGAAACAUUUGACUGAAACUUCAAACAAAGUAACUGACAGGCUGCUCAGUAUUUCAAGGCAUUUGGCUGAAACCACCCAGAGAAGCGCAGACACACUCGACACUCUCGUAACAUCCUCGGAGAAAGUGACGAGUACAAAAGACGAGCUGGAGCAUCAGCAACAAGCGAUCAUUCAAUCUGGUAAACUCUUAGGGAAAUAUGGACGGCGGGAAGUUACGGACAAAGCCCUUUUAGUGCUGGCAUUUGCGUUUUUUCUUGCCUGUGUCUUUUACAUUCUCCAGAAAAGGCUCUGGUGAGCUUUACCUUUAUUUUGUACAAUUUCUUGUGAUACAAAAUAUUACUUACAUUUUUACCACCAGAA